UGUGUGUGUGUGUGUAACGUUAUGUGUGUUGUACGUGUGCACGUCGGUGAGUGACGUAUGUUUGGGUGUAAUAACAACUAGUUAUCUUUUGCGUUCUACCUUAGCGCGUGUCGUUGGCAUGUGGAACAAGGUGACAGUUAGUACAUUGAUUCUGCUUGCACUGGGCUGUGGCAUCUUGAUGAUUGCGUCAGUUAUCACCGCUUCAGUCCUGGCAACUCAUCUCAUACAUGAGAAAAAGAAUACAUUCGAUUCAAAGAUGCAAGCAGGCAUGAUGGUCUCAAAAACACCUGGCCCUCCAUCGUCCAUGGCAUUCUUCAACCACAGCAGCUCUGCCUCUCUUGUUGCCAAAUAUCAACCGGAAUCAGCAGAUUUAUUUGCAAACACCACCGAGACCCUGCCUGUAACCGUCACAUUUCUGUCAACUACAGACAUGAUUGGAUGUGUGCAGAAGCCCUGUCAGCAUGGAACCUGUGUGAACAAGGAUACUGGUUACAGCUGCAUCUGCCUUCCGGGAUGGACUGGACAAAACUGCCAGCAAGGUGACUUGCGUAAACAUUCAUUCACUCACUCACUCACUCACUCAAUGCUUGUCAGUCUGUUCCAUUCUACGGCCCUGUCCAUGGUGCUAAACUUACAUUCACACCUGAACGAGUGUAUCUGGAAACCAUGUCAACAUGGACGCUGUCUGAACCAAGAUGGCGGCUACAAAUGUACCUGUGACCCUGGAUGGAUUGGACGAAACUGUCAGCAAGACAUAAAUGCGUGUAUGAGGAACGCAUGCCAACAUGGACGCUGUGCGAACCAAGAUGGCGACUACAACUGUACCUGUGACCCUGGAUGGACUGGGCACAACUGUCAGCAAGACCAGAAUGAAUGUACCAUAAAUCCCUGCCAACAUGGACGCUGUGUGAACAAUGAUGGUAGCUACAGGUGUAUCUGCAGCCCACGAUGGAUUGGACAGAACUGUCAGCUAGACCUGAAUGAAUGUACCAGGAAGCCAUGCCAACAUGGACGCUGUGUGAACCAAGAUGGCGGCUACAAAUGUAUCUGUGACCCUGGAUGGACUGGACAGAACUGCCAGCAAGCCAAGCUAUGCCGUCGUGGGUGGAGUGGAUAUAAGGGUCACUGCUACACGUUGGUGACAAAAGCAGACAACUGGCAAAAUGCGAACUCAAAGUGUAAACAGGAUGGUGCGAAUUUGGCCUCUAUCACCAGCCGUGAGGAGGCCAACUUCAUCAACAAUAUCAUCGUUGGUGCUCCUGUUGGGAACUGGGGUGUUCAUCUAGUCUGGUUUGGACUGAAUCGCAAGGAUGAAAAGUUCCGUCAGUUUACCGAUGGGUCAAAGGUCACCUACACGAACUGGGAGCCGGGAGAGCCUAACAACAAUUGCAAUAUUAUGUCAUGGUUUGAAGGACAGGAAUGUGUCGGUGUGUACUCAAAGGAUGGAGAUGCCGGCCUCAUUUUCCGCGUCCAGGUGAAGAGAGGACAGUGGAAUGACGAUCAGUGCUCCCGUCACUAUCCCUUCAUUUGCAAGCGUCCCAAAUAACAAUAAUCCACCCUGUGAGAGAAACAAAUACGACCUUGUAUCUCCUAACAUGGCUCUAGCUGUCGAAUAAAGUUAGCGGGGCGUUAUAUUGUUACCGUAAACGCCUAAGGAAUAGUGGUACAUUAGUGUUAUUAUCAUACAGACAAUUCAAAGUCAUAAUGUUGACAAGUUGCAAUCCAUCAUUCCUUCAAGUGCGCAUUCGUAGCUUCUUGGCCGAUCAUGAAUGAACUGGUUUUGCUUACAUUAACCGAUGGGAAUGGAGACGUCUGAUUGGUCCAUGCAGCCAUGACCCAGCACUUGUUGUUAUCUUUUUGUAACAAUCAUGAGUUGUUUUCUUAUUUUAAUUGGAUAACUCUUUUGCCUGAUAACUAAAUUGAUUGUAAUAAGUACUGUUUAUUUAAUACCCUUUUUUCAUAUGUUCAAUAGCAGAAAAGCCCUGGUUACAAGUUUGUGACCGAGUACACUGUACAAUUAAUAUGAAUAUCAUUAGUAUUAUAAGUUUGAAGACUAAAAGGUUUUCUUGUAUAUUUGUAUUCCUUGCUAGUUUGGAAGGACUUUUGAAUAUACCUGUGUGGCUUUACAUGAGUACAAUUUCUAAAAUGUCAUUUGGACGCCUGUCUAACGAGCGAAAACAAUAUUUCAACGGUUGGAAUACUAGUUGCAAGAUGAUAGUUGACAGCUCAGAAUGCAUAGUUACAAACCUAGUUUUCACUGUUAUGGUUGUUCUUACGUACCGAUCCGAGUGAAAUAUGACAUUGUGUGUGACAAUUACUUAAAUGUAAUUUCGAUAGCAGCUCAUUGGAAGAAAAGACAGGUUGCAAAAAGAUCUUGAGAAAGAUUACAUUAUGUUUUACUCAUCUUAAUUAACUUGACUUAAGUGCAGAGAGAUGCAGUGAAAAUUGUACCUGUAGAGUUUACAUUGCCAUUUGCCUAUUUCUGGUGAAGUGCAAUGGUAAUGACUUAACGUUAUUACUGAAAAGUAUAUCAUAGUGAAUAUCCAUAUAUAAGGAAAGGUCAUGAGAUGCAUUGAUUAGUCUUUCUGAAUGAUUUUGCUAUGUACAUGCUAUAUGUACUUAGUUACGUGUAUGUGUGUGUGCGUGCGCGUGUGUGUGUAUAUAUGUGUGUGUGUGU